UGAGAGACCAAAAAGAGAAGUCGUUGAAUUGACAACAGAUGCGGACGUUUAGGCGAAGAAGUUAACGAGCUCAAAGUCCUCAAAGCGCUCGCCGGUUUAUGUCAAUACUUCGCUUCGAGCUCGUUUGUGUUUCGUCUUCUAUGAACUUUCGACUCAUUUUGGCGUUGCUGAACAGCCAGGCUACUGAGACUCUCGCGUGCGUCCGGCUUUGGAGGCGGCAGGCUGACAUUUGGAAUAACACAGACGGCCAUCGACCUACACUCCAGCCUCGGGGAACGUCAACAUGCCUGUGCGACAGAAAGAUGCUCAACGAGCCCUAGAGCUCCUCCAGCAGUACCGAGCCAAAUUAGAUCAGAGGCACCAGAGCCAGAUAAAACAGGGCCCUGUUGAGGAAGAUCACCAAUUGCAACAGUCUCUGGACAGAGUCAUCAAUGUGUUCCAAAGCCAGCUCUUUAGUGCCCUGCUUGACAUUCAGGAGUACUAUGAGUUAACUAUCCUUGCUGACAGCCAAAGUUCAACCAAACUGUUAGCUGACACAGUGACACCUCCCUCCGACAGCCUGUUAGCAGAAUUUAUGGCAGCACCUGAGCCUACCUCUAGUCCACCACCAACUCCAGUUUCUGGAGGACCAUGCCAGCCUAAAUACAUAUCUCCAAAAGCAAAGUCAAUCAAGUCCCAAACUCCUCUAAUCCCAUCUGCGACACCCACAGAACAACCUGCUUCCCCUCCAACGGAGCCUUGUAUUUCUCAGUCACAACCAGCCAAGGUCAAGUACCGUGCCCCGCCUCCUCCAAUCCAGGAUGAGGCCUUGACGUCUACUGUAGUGGAGAUUUCAAAGCCCUCAUCCCCCUCUGGAACCACAACUGCAGUAACAUGUGGUGUGACUUCCUGCACAGAGUCUCCAUCAAUAACACAAAAUCCGAUAUCACAAAAUGGUACAAACGCACCUCUUGAUGCCGCCAACACCUUUUUAUCUUCAGAAUUCUCCUCCACUACUCCUGAACAGCAAACAAGUCCUGCCAGUCCAGCUGAUCUCGUGACUGUUUCAAGCCUCGUCUUGGGCACCAUCCAAAGCUUAGUGUCUCACAAAGUCACCCAACCUAGCACCACUAAUCACACCAGCCCAGCUACCAACAUAGUCACAGAUGCUACCAUCUUCACUUCGACUUUGAAUGACGAUAAAGGCUCAGACGAAAACACUCCAAAAUCAAGUCCGACGAGUCCCAGCCAAGUAAAACUUACACUUGGGAGCCACAGUCCCACCAGUCCUUCAGAGCCACAAAGCAAAGGACCCCAUAAGAGCGUAACCAGCCCCGGGCCAUUGAAAAUCAUAUCGUCUCCCUCUAGCCCUGGUCCGGCCAGUCCCAGAGCUUCUCUAAGCCUCGGGGUAAAGAAAUAUCGAUACCCAGAAGAGGAAAGGGCAUCGCUAGGCCCACCAAAAUUCCACCAACACACCUGCCAUCAGCACCCAAUGGGAGUUACCAAAGAGCUGACUGAUGCAAGGACUCUCAGGAGGGACGGGACGGAUCAUGGGACCUGGAGAAGAGAGAGACGGGGUAGUGGAACUAUGGAGAGAGACAUGGGAAGAGACAUGGAAAGCUCACUUAUGAGAGAAGGAUCUCUUAGUCGCCACGGUGAUCUCCGAGGGGCGGAGCUGGUUCAGGUGGCAGAGCGACAGCUCUCUCAGAUUCAGCAUGUCCACGGAUACGUCACUCACGCAAACAUUACACCCCCUCAGGAAGACUCUCCAGAGGCUCCGUUUGAUGGCGAGGCGUGGCCUUACCCAGAGGUGGAGAGUAUGAAUGAAUUCGUAGUCCCACCAUUCUCUUACCGCUAUUCUAAAACCCAUGCCUGCUACCAGGCCAACCCCCCUCCACUGGUGGUCAACACAGACAGUCUCGACACCCCCCCAUAUGUCAAUGGAACAGAAGCAGACUAUGAAUAUGAGGAAAUCACAUUGGAGCGGGGUAACUCAGGUUUGGGCUUCAGUAUUGCAGGAGGGACUGAUAAUCCCCAUAUUGGAGAAGAUCCGUCCAUCUUUAUUACCAAGAUUAUACCUGGAGGGGCUGCAGCCCAGAACGGACGACUCAAGGUGAAUGACUCUAUAGUCCGAGUAAAUGAGACUGAUGUCAGGGAGGUGACCCACAGUGGGGCGGUGGAGGCCCUGAAGGAUGCUGGAGGUCUGGUCAGACUGUGUGUACGACGCAAGAAGAAUCUUACUGAUAAGAUAAUGGAUAUCAAACUAGUGAAAGGUCCUAAAGGUCUAGGGUUUAGUAUAGCUGGUGGAGUUGGAAAUCAACAUGUUCCAGGUGACAACAGCAUUUAUGUGACAAAGGUCAUUGAGGGGGGAGCUGCACAAAAAGAUGGACGGCUACAGAUAGGGGACAAACUCGUAGCAGUAAAUGCAUCUUGUUUAGAGGAGGUUACUCAUGAGGAAGCAGUCGCAGCCCUGAAGUCAACCUCAGAUGUUGUUUAUCUUCGUGUGGCCAAACAUACUUCGCUCUUUAUCAAUGAAACCUUUCCUCCUCCUGAUGUCACAGAUUCCUACCCCCCACAUCAGGACAAUCACAUAAGUCCCUACAUGAGCGGGAGCCAGUCUCUUAGCCCUGCCCCACUGACCACGCCCAGGUAUUCCCCAAUGCCCAGGUCUAUGACUGCAGAUGAUGAUUUCACAAGGGAGCCAAGGCGUGUGACGCUCCAACGAGGGUCUACAGGUCUUGGUUUCAACAUUGUUGGAGGGGAAGAUGGAGAGGGAAUCUUCAUCUCCUUCAUUCUGGCCGGUGGUCCAGCUGAUCUUUGUGGGGAACUCCACAAGGGUGACCGGAUCCUCUCAGUAAAUGGUGUAGACUUGUCUACCGCAACACAUGAGCAGGCAGCUGCAGCUCUGAAGAACGCAGGACAAACUGUCACCAUUGCAGCACAGUACAGACCAGAAGAAUACAGUCGUUUCGAGGCAAAGAUCCAUGACCUGAGGGAACAGAUGAUGACCAGCAGUGUCAGUUCCAGCUCCACGUCACUCCGAUCCACUCAAAAACGCACACUUUACGUCAGAGUGCUGUUUGACUAUGACGGCAGUGCAUCAGACUUGAGCACCCCAAAUCAGGCUCUGCCCUUCCAUUUUGGAGACAUCCUCCAUGUAAGCAGUGCAGGGGAAGAAGAGUGGUGGCCUGCGCGUCACCUCAGCCCCCCACCCCCAAACUGCCCAGAGGUUGGAGUCAUACCCAGCCGUAGAAGGGCAGAGAAAAAGGAGAGGUCAAGGUUAAAGACAGUCUAUGUGACGAAGACUCAGGAUAGAUCGGGUCAAGAUGAAAGGGAGCUGGUAACCUCUGGCACCAGUGAGAGUGAGAGUACUUCCUCUGGCCACGAGGAGACGCUCCUAACCUACCAAGCAGUUAUACAGCAGGAAGUGAAUUACACAAGACCUGUUAUCGUGCUUGGACCAAUGAAAGAUAGAGUCAACGAUGACCUCAUCUCCGAAUUUCCUGAAAAAUUUGGCUCAUGCGUCCCACACACAACUCGACCACGGCGGGACUAUGAGGUGGAUGGCAGAGAUUAUCACUUUAUGGCCUCCAGAGAGCUAAUGGAACAUGAGAUCCAGGAGCACAAGUUCAUCGAGGCAGGACAGUAUAACAACCACCUGUAUGGAACAAGCAUACAGUCCGUUAGGGAAGUUGCUGAUAAGGGUAAACACUGUAUACUGGAUGUAUCAGGGAAUGCUAUAAAGCGGCUCCAGCUGGCAGGUCUCUAUCCCAUCGCCAUCUUCAUUCGGCCACACAAUGUUGACAACAUCCUAGAGAUGAAUAAGCGUUUUACUGAGGAGCAGGGAAGGAAGUCCUAUGACAGAGCUGUCAAACUGGAGCAGGAAUUCACAGAAUAUUUCACUGCUUUUGUCCAUGGCUCAUCUCUAGAGGAGGUGUAUUCGCAGGUGAAGCAGAUAAUUGAGGAGCAAUCGGGUCCUUACAUCUGGGUGCCCACGAAGGAGCGGCUCUGAGUGACACCGCUCAUAGCUACUACACGUUUGUACACACCAACUUUGGCAGCACAACCCAGCUUGUUUCCUCCCCCGCGCUCACCUCCAUGUUCUCUCACGUGCACACACACACACACACAACGCUGGACAAGGCUGAGACUGAUCUGGAGAUCGGAAACUCCCACUUUUUCUUGAGGGGGGGAGGAGCUCGUCUCUCCAGCAGCCCACUGGUGGAUCUUCCUACAGCUGAGUUCCUUAAUGUUUAAGGAUGUGGUUCUAAUCAAGAAAACGUACCAUUAUCUGAUUUUGUUGAUUUAAUUGUUGUUCUAACGCUUGUUGUUGAUGAUGUUUUCAUAUUAACAAAGGGUAACGCAUUCACUUAUGGGUUUGUAAUGAUAAUAUUGUCACCGAGAAGCAAACUUUUGCACGCUGUAGCUUUAAGAGCAUGUUUCGGGGGACAAAGUCUUGAUCCUCUUUCCCAUUGUGUCUGUCAUUUAUCAUGGCAUCGCUCCACUUUAUAUAUAAAUAGCUCUCUUUUACACUCUUUCUCUGACUUUUCUACCUGUCUCUCUUAUCCUACCACUUCCCUGCCAGACUGCCUCAAGUUUUAAAUAUGAGCUGAUGGUUUAAAUGUGCCCUGGCAUGUUGGAAUGAAGGGCCGAGAUAGAAAACAUAGACAGUAGUACUGUACAAAUACUGCUUAGAAAUGUAGCAAAUAUUAUUUUUUAAAAGCAACACUUAUAUGAUGAUUAGGUAUGGUUUAUAUGAGACCUCUGUGACAUGCAGAAUGUCUCAAAAAUAACAAAAAAAAGAAACAUGAAAUUAGGCUGCAUUAAAGUUUCCAUCAAUUCAUUUUCUGUAGUGUGUGUCCCCAUUCGGCUCCUGGGUGAGCCAGAGCCUCCCCCGGCUGACUGGGCAAGAGGCUGGGUAAACCAUGGACCUCACCACUCAAUCACAGGACACAUACAGACAAACAGCCAAUCACACUCAUAUUUACACCUUUGGGUAAUUUGGAGUUUUAAAUAAAAAGAAAUUCCCUAAAUUAAAAAAAAAAAAAAAAGUGCAGUGACAUGUAAAUUUUUGCUUGUCUUAAUCCCAAAAAGACUUCUUUGCCUUUUCUGCUCUUCUUCCUCUUCAUUGGCUAAAUUUAUAUGGACAUCCGUAUGCUAAUAUUCCAAGACAAAACAAAUUAUAGUGCAGUGAUAAUUUACUGUAAACAACAUUCUCUGAUUACCUUUUUUCAAAAUAGUCAUAUUCAAAGUAAGAAAUGAUAUAAUUAAAAUAUGAUUUACAUGAAAUUUGUAUUCCAGUCAGCAGUACAUACAACAGAUACACAAACUUGUUGUCUAUAUUCUUCUGGGAACAUAUAAUGUAGGGCCGUAAUGUGAAUAAAAUUCAUUUUUUGGACUAUGUGGUGUAACAUGUAACGUGAGCAGUAAUUGGAAGAUUCUACCAAUCGCGUCCAAUUGUUUCUAUUUACAGAAAGCUCACUAUAGGGGAGUAUUGUAUUGUUGUCCAUGUAAACAUAACCAGUGUCUCACGCCUUCCAUCUCUCCUCUAGAUAUUCACAGCAUGGUGCACAUUUAUAAACACCAUCACUGUUACAAGUGUCAUUGUUGUUUUGUUCCUUCUUACUGUGGUUGCACUAAUGGGGGCUUGUUCCUUAAAAGCAUACUUUAACAGCAUCGGAGGUCUAUGACUAUGUGAUUCACUUUGUUUCUGUGAAUGUCUUGAAGGGUCACUUGCUAAUAUUCCAUGGCUACAAUACAGUUAAGACUUCAGAAGACCCAUAUGAAUGAAGUGAUUCAUGCCUUUCAGCCGCGGAAUGCAUCAAAAGCGCCUGAGACUUGCCACAUAAAUGACAGUCGCCUCGGUACAUUACACUUAAUUGCAUUUGGUUUCAUGGCACUCUCCCUGCACAAACCAUCAUACUGACUUGGACAGCGUACUCUCAUGUUCUGUUGGCACACAUAUCACUCCACACAACAGUAGUGGCAGAAGUCGUCAUGAUGUCACCCCCGUGAUAGCGAACUCCUUUCAAAGCUUCAAAGUUGACCAUUGCUGGUGACUCCAGGAUAUUAUUUGUUUACAAGAGAACGUCUCAGGGGAUCUUAUAUAUUCCAGUGAAAAGGCUAGGUAAUACUCAUAAUAAAUGUGUGAGCUUAUGACAACACAAUGAGAUGUCUGUAAGAAAUAUGCACAUUUGUUUGUAGUUUUGUGUUGGGAGCACUGUGUGCCUGAUUAAUGAAGUGUUAUGUACUUGGAGCGCUAUGGUCAUGAAUGGGGCUCCUCUCACAUUAGGCGCUUGUGUCUUAUGUCACGUAUAAGAUUUGAAGUACCGAGAUGCUUUUGGAAACGCAGCCCGAGAUGGACCUCGUCAAUAACUUGUUUGCCACCCCAACCCUGAAGCUGACAGGAGCCCAGAGACUCGCAGAGAAGCCGGUUCUGCACUACAUGAGUUUUGAAAGCUAAAAGGUUUACCAUUUCUUACAGUAUCUGGAGCUAAUUUAUUUUGAUUUCCAUUAGUAAUUUUCUCAGAUUUCUUGAACAGAACUGGACUCUGUGUUUUAUUCUGGCUUAGUGUUUUAGCCAGGGGUUUAUGCCACUGUCUUUAGAGUUAAGCACUGAUGCAAAGAAUCUAUUUCAGAGAUGGCUCUAUAUAUAGAUAUAUAGCAUAUGAUGAUAUUUAUCCCUGCGCUAACUGCCUAUUUUGGUACAAAAAUAAAUGUCUUUG